ACACGGUUCUCCUAUGCGCCCGUGCGAUCUUGAGAUUCGUGCGAUUCACGACGAGACCGUAAAAUGUUAUAAAAAGUUUCUUCCAAUUAUAUAUUCAACGUAUUAUUAAAAGUGCAGCAAGAGUUUUGAAUUGGGAUAAAAAACGACGCCGAAAUUAUCAUGGUACUGCAAAACGUAUAUACCGGACAAUUAUCUAUGAACCGAGGAUAAGCGUUAUGGAGAAUCAAACGACUGAUUAUUAUGGCGAUGUUACGUUAUAUCAAUGGAACCACACGGCGAAGGAAGGAGAUGCGGAAACGGAAUAUUAUUUACCUAAUUGGACUGAUCUCGUUCUAGCAGGAUUAUUCACAAUCCUGAUUAUUGUUACUAUAGUCGGCAAUACAUUAGUGAUUGCGGCUGUAAUUACCACCAGGCGAUUACGGUCCGUGACUAAUUGUUUUGUGUCUAGCCUAGCGGCGGCGGAUUUGCUAGUCGGUUUAGCGGUAAUGCCACCGGCGGUACUGUUACAGCUUACAGGAGGUACUUGGGAGCUGGGUGAAAUACUGUGCGAUUCUUGGGUGUCCCUUGACAUUCUACUCUGCACGGCCAGUAUUCUGUCGUUAUGCGCAAUAUCUAUAGACAGAUAUCUGGCCGUAACUCAGCCGCUGAUAUACAGCCGUCGACGCAGGAGCAAAAGACUAGCCGGGCUUAUGAUCGUAGCGGUGUGGGUGAUGGCCGGUGCCAUAACGAGCCCGCCUUUAUUAGGUUGUUUCCCACGUGCAACAAAUCGCGAUAUCAAAAAGUGCUCCUACAAUAUGGAUUCGUCGUACGUGAUAUUCUCAUCCAUGGGCAGUUUUUUCCUGCCCAUGCUGGUAAUGCUGUACGUCUACGGCAGAAUUUCGUGCGUCAUAGCAAGCAGACACAGAAAUCUGGAGACCAACGAGGAAAACGUGCGACCACGUCGUAAAAUUACGAGUGAUCGUGGCAAAAGUAUCAAAGCGCAACGCGCGAAUUGUGCGGAGGGCAGUGUGGCGUGCGACAAGCUAUCCGAGGAAACCGAACCGACAAACAUGUGCAAAAAGUUGGGCACAAUUCGAGGUAAUCAGCAAAGCUGCAUCAACAGGGUCGCUAGGGAAACGAAAACUGCGGGUACCCUGGCAGUGGUUGUCGGUGGUUUCGUUGCAUGCUGGCUGCCAUUUUUCAUUCUGUAUCUGGCAACACCCUUCGUGCCCGUGGAGCCACCGCAUGUCCUCAUGCCAGCUUUGACCUGGCUAGGAUGGAUUAAUUCGGCCAUCAACCCGUUUAUUUACGCCUUCUAUUCGGCAGACUUUAGACUAGCUUUCUGGCGACUAACAUGUCGGAAAUGUUCAAAGAGCAGACUAAACUUGGAUGGCACGAAUCGGAAAUUACCCGCCCCGGUUAACUGGAAGAAAGAUACGUCGAGGACAUGAAGAUUCCGGCACACGAGUUUCGAACUUGUUCAAUUACGUGGCAACGAGGAUUAGAAGUGAAUGAGUGUGUGAUUGACUUGUAUUUACUCGUAACCGCAGUACAUUAAUGAAGUGGCGUCACUGGACUAGAAAUUUAUCCCUUGGUGUUGUUCAGAUUGACUUCAGUUUCUUAGUCAGGUUUGUAAAAAGUGAUUUUAUCGAAUUUUAAUCAAUCACGCAUCGUAAUAAUCAGGAUCUUAUCAGAAAUUUCUUUUUAGGUUCUUAUUAGAUUAUAUUGCUGAAUUCAUAUUAGGUUCUGGCUCAGAAUUAUAUAAAAUGUUCAAAAAAGGAUUUAUAUUUAUUUUUUGUAAGAACAUGCUUUAAAUUUUUUUAAAAAUCUAAUCAGGAUCAAGAGAUAAAUUUUUAGUCGAAAUAGUUUAUGUAUGUAAGAAUAUAUAAGAAUUAUAUGCGCGAGAACCACGUUUUAAUUGUAAGAAUAGGCUUAUCUAAUCAAUAGUUCGUAUGCAAUUUUAUAAAAUAUCAAUUACGCACAAUACAUUAGCAUACAUGUAGCUAUUCUCGAGAAUCCUAUAAAUAGUCUUAUAAAUAGUAUUUUCCAUGUGUGUAAUAUGCAAUAUAUAAUUGAG